UGAAACACAGAGAGAAAGAGAAAUGGCUAAUAUUAUUACCAAUCUUCUUCGUCUCUCACCUACUGCUGCAAGACCUCUUCUUCUUCUCUACUCCAACAACAGAUCAAGUACCAGACAUACUCCAAAACCCUUAUCUCUACUACCACCCAUCACACGAACCAGACAGCUAAUCAUCACAGCCAUGUCCAAAGGCAACGAUUCCGUCGACGUACCCGACCGUCUGAUCUCGGCCAUCUGCUACUUCUACCCUUUCUUCGACGGAAUCCAAUAUGGCAAGUUUGUUGUCACACAAGUGGCUCCAAUUCAAGCCAUAAUUCAGCCACUGGUACCAGCAAUUAGGGUCUUCAAGAGCUUCCCCUUAAACGGCUUUCUGGUCUUUUUGACACUCUACUUUGUGGUGGUAAGAAAUCCUAAUUUUAGCAGGUACGUGAGGUUUAAUACUAUGCAGGCGAUUGUUCUGGAUGUUUUACUUAUAUUUCCGGAUCUUCUAGAGAGAACGUUUAAUCCGAGACAAGGGUUGGGAUUGGAUUUGAUAAUGAGCUUGGAUAGUACAGUCUUUUUGUUCUUGUUGGUGUGUUUGAUUUAUGCAUCGUCUAGUUGUGCUCUAGGGCAACUUCCUAGAUUGCCCAUUGUUGCCGAUGCUGCAGAUAGGCAGGUUAUGUGAUCCUGUAGGAGCAGGACUAAGAGGAACAACAACAACAAUCAUCCAUUGUUUCUUUAAUUCUAGCUAGCUGAUAAUGGAGAUUCCUUUCAACCUUCAUUCAUCUCUUUAAUUUGUUUUGUUAUUACAGACAUCAAAAAAAGAGCAGCAGCAGCAGCAGUCCAACUCCUACAUUGUGUUGUUAUUGUUGUUUAAAUAUUACAUCUUUUAUAGGAAAUACUCACAAAGUUUAUAUCACAUAUUAUUUUGUAAUGAACAAUCCAUAAAUAUGAAUCAAAAUUCUCCCAAAUUAUAUUACUGAUUUUUAGCAGUUCA